CUCAAACACGAGUGCGCGUUGCUCUCCUCAUCCAACUUUCUGGGAUGUUCACAGUUGGUGGAAACAUCGUGAAACUGGAGGUUAACAAAGGCCACUGAUCAAAGGGAGCUGUACGACAGAGCGAGCCCUGUUCAGAUUCCUGACGGAGUGCAGAGGACUUUAUAGAGUAUUUUAUUCAUUUCCCCCUUGGAAAGCCCUGAGGCCUCUGGGUUCCAAAAAAAAGAAGGAAAAUAAAUAAAAAAUGGACUGUUCAGGCCAGAUAAGAACUAUCCUUCUGGGGCACAUCCUGGUGCUCUGCCUGGGUAUGAGUGUGGGUCAGAGAGACUGUACUGGGGUGGACUGUCCCGUGAUGGACAACUGCAUCGAGGAGGUCCUGGAAAGGGGCGCGUGCUGCGCGUCCUGUCUGAAGCGUGGGUGUGCCUGCGAGGGCUAUCAGUACUACGACUGCCUGAACGCGGGCUUCCGUGGCGGCAAAGUGCCCGAGGGCGAGUCCUACUUCGUGGACUUUGGUAGCACGGAGUGCUCGUGCCCGUCAGGCGGCGGUCGCAUCACCUGCCACUUCAUCCCGUGCCCGGACAUCCCGCAGAACUGCAUCGAGACGAUCACGCCGAUGGACGGCUGCCCUCAGUGCGAGCGCAUCGGCUGCGUCCACCAGAGCCAGAAGUACGAGGCCGGCCACACUUUCCAGAUGAGCCCGUGCGAGGUUUGCCACUGCCCAAACGACGGCGGUAGCCUCAUGUGCUCCCCAGUUCCAGGCUGUGACCCCCAGAAGGUCAAGAAGCCCAUGUUAGCGUCCACUGUAGAGGACCGCGACAGCAAGCCACACCCCGGGACCUUCAGUAACUUCCUGCCCCUCUACAAAGAGGAUCCUACAGACACGCCCACAGAUGAAGACUACGACUACAUGACUGACCUCACCACAGCUGAUACCCAAGAUGUGGUCGAACCCGCCGAGCCAACCUCUUCGCCUCCCUCUUUCUCGGAAACGUCGUCUUCCCACGCCUCCUUUGGAAAAGGCCCCAGACAAGAGCUUAGGGAGGCACAGGGGGCUUACGAAACCAGAAACGCAGAGGAACACAUGACAAGUCCUCCCUCCGCUGCGGAUACCAUAACCUCAAGACUCCAGGAGAGGACAACGGCAGCGGACAAAGCCCAGGCCCCAAAGCACCAUGGGCCGCCCCGGGAGGCCACUGAGGGCCAGAGCCGACGACAUGCUGAGACCCAGAGAGGAGCCCAAGAAAGGGACCUCCCGCACACUGCUCACAGCGAGAGGAACCCCAGACACAAGACCCACCAUGAGCACAGGGACAGCCAUGCCCCUGGUCAGGGAGACAAUCAUUUGCCAGACUCCCGCGACGGGCACCAGGACAAUGCCCUGCCCUCAUUGAAAUUCAGCCCCUCUAGGCCGCCACCUGUGAACGUGAGAGAGGACCGCGGGCACCCUUCGAGGAGGCAGUCACAGACGCUGCUCCACUAUCAUACAGGACAGGAGAAGAAGCACGGCAGCAGCAGCCCACCAUAUUCCCACCAGCUGUCGGCGAAGGAGCUGGUGGAGGUGUGCUGCGAGGCGGGAGAGAAGUGGGCCUCCGUCCAUGGACACUGCUCCAACAUGGCCGCUGUGCGAGAGGACACACACUCCAUCUGUUGGUCGGCUCAGAAGCAGUGCUGCAGCGGCUCCCUGAAAGAGAGAAAGUGUUUGGCCGGCGUCACGGCUGCCAAGCAAGGGGACGCUUGCGAGCUGGACGACAAUGAUCACUGCGGCGUGGACUCCUAUAAGGAGUGCUGCAGCUGCUGCUCGCUGGGCCUGCACUUCCGUAAGGAGGGUCUGCCCUGCGAGGCCCACCAGUACCUGGGCUUCCCCUGCAGCCACGUCUUCCUGACCUGCUGCGAGGGAGAGGAGGCCGCCAGCUGGAGCACGCUUCGCCAGAGACCACCUCUGCAGCCCACUACACCGCCAAAGAGAGUGUCGGACAGCCCGUACCCCAAGGAGGCCUUCUCCAUCGGGGACGCGGAGGAUGCGGAGAACACCGUGGAUGGGGCCGAGGGCCUGCGCGACCUGGAUGAGUGUAAGCUCGAGGGCAAGCUCUGCCACCACACGUGCAUCAACACGCAGGGCUCCUAUGUGUGCGCCUGUUACCCGGGCUACACGCUGCAAGAGGACGGCCACAACUGCGAGCCAGAGACUGAUGCAGAGGAGGAGAACAGACUGAUGGAACAGGAACAUGAGAGUCCUGCUGCUGCUGAGACUACAACAGCUCCGGCACCACCCACCACCACCUCCACCAGCGCUCCAACCACCAUCUUCCAUGACCUAUGUGCAGGAAAUGGCCCAUGUGCGCAUAGAUGCACCCCGGUGGAAGGGCGGCCACAGUGUUCCUGUUUUCCAGGAUUCUCUCUGGCAGCGGACAGCCACUCAUGUGAAGAUGUAAAUGAGUGUUUGCUUAUGGCCCAUAACUGCCAGCUGAAUGAGAGGUGCGUCAACACGGUUGGCCAUUACUUCUGUGAGAGACUCAUCGUCUGCCCUGCAGGCUUCCAGGAGAACAACAACGUCUGUGAAGAUAUCGAUGAGUGUGCACAGAGGACCCAUAACUGUCGGAUGGGCUAUGAGUGCCGCAACACACCGGGCUCCUUCACCUGCCAGAUCACUGCCAGGUGCUCCAGUGGCUUUACCCAGGAUGCCAGUGGGCACUGCGUUGAUAUAGAUGAAUGCAGCAGUACUGCCCAGCCCUGCAGUUCAGGGUACAACUGCAUCAACACCGUGGGGUCGUACACCUGCCAGAGGAAGGUCAUCAUCUGUAGCCGUGGCUACCAUGCCAGCCCUGAUGGAAACAGGUGCAUAGAUGUGGACGAAUGUCAAACCAGAGUCCACCGCUGUGGAGAUGGGCAGACGUGCCACAAUCUGCCUGGCACCUACCGCUGCGAAUGCCAGCCUGGGUACCAGUACGACAUGUUCCGCAAGAUGUGUGUGGAUGUGAACGAGUGCUGGCGCUACCCAGGCAGGCUGUGCGCCCAGACGUGUGAGAACACCCCCGGCUCCUACCAGUGCUCCUGCACCUCCGGCUUCCGCCUCUCCAGCGACGGCAAGAACUGCGAAGAUGUGAAUGAGUGCCUGAACAACCCCUGCAGUCAAGAGUGCGCCAACAUCUAUGGCUCGUACCAGUGCUACUGUCGCCAGGGCUACCACCUUCGGGAGGACGGCCACACCUGCGAUGAUAUUGACGAGUGUUCUCAGAGCAUGGGACACAUGUGCACUUUCAAGUGUGUGAAUGUUGAGGGCAGCUACCAGUGUGCCUGCCCUGAGUACGGCUACACCAUGUCCCCUAACGGCCGAUCCUGUUUAGGUGAGAUCUUACCACCAUACUAA